ACACCCCCCCCCCCCAGGGGGCUCUGAUCCAAAAACAAAUCUUGGAGACAGUUUGUCAGACAAGGUUCAUGUGAGACUCUUCAGAGCUCACAUCCCCCACAUCUGUCCAGUUGGAGAACUUCAGGUCCGAUAAUAUUCAGUCUUAAUACCAUGUUUGCAGUAUUAAAAAAACAGAUAAUCUGCUUUUGUUCUAUGUAUCUUGGAUGUAACUGAAGUCAAUAUCGCAUUUUAUUACAUAACAGAAUUAAACAUAACCCACUUGAAGUGUUAUGUUUUGUGCUUUUUCCCCACAUCAGUUAGUUCCUAAUGCUUUAAAGCUGAACAGAGAUGGGGCAAGAAGCUUUAUUCUCUAGGAAUUACGAGAACAUGUAAGAGUGGCCAGCUUAUAUACACAAAAGACUGCAGGCCAGAAAGCUGCAGAAGACAUGAUGUGGUCCAGUGUUUAGGUAACAGUUGUAGAGGAAUAAAGGACUUUUCCUAGAACAUUUUUUAUUUUUAAAUAUUUAUUUUAGUUCCAAACCAGGCUUUUCAGAUGCAGAACAGAAUUUAGAUUGCAUAUUGAGAAUCUUAUUUUUUUAGUAUGCUUCAAUAAAAAUACAAGGAAAGUACCAUUAGGUUCUUAGAUUGUGCCAAGGAGAGGAAGUUUAUAAAGCCAAAUAGGUUAAAAAAAAUCAAUCAUAAGCAUAUAAUUUUUCUAUUUCCCAUGAUGGGUUCAUGAUAUAAAUAGGUGUAUAGAAUAGAGCAAAUGUGGAAAGUCAGAAGAAUUGAAAAUUAUUUUUGAGUGCUGAUGAACUUGCAAAGCAGCAGUUUUUAGUGGCAAUGGAGAAGCCAUUGUAAUUUCAAGAAGUUUUGAUUUCUCCUUCAUAUUAAGAAAAGUCUAGAAUUUUGUAGUUUUUUCUGAGCAAGCAUGCUUGGUUCUUUUUACUCUUGUUGCUGAAUAAAGGGGAAAGCGGGGGAGCUUGACAUAGGCUAGCUUCAAAGAUUUUCUCACUAUGAAAGAUUCUUGCUUUCCAUCCCUAGUCAAGGUCAGGUUUUGCAGUCUCCUGGCCAAGUUUUGAUAAAAACCUUGGGAUCAGUGUUGUUUAUUGAAAGCUUCUGCACAGAACUUUGCAUUGGGUACUGCGGAAAUUUGCCAGCCCUUAGUUAUCUCUGCAGUCAUUAUUAAGAAGCUCCUGGCAGCUUGUAAGAGACUGGAGAGUCAUCUUACUUGAAACCAGAAUCAGCAGAAAUUGGGAACAGACAUGCAAAAGAACAGCUGGACCAAAGAGUGAGUGGUGCUGGAUAUGUGAAAGCAAAAAUGAGUUUCGAUCUCAAACAUUCUAGUACAGGACUCGAAGCAAAGAUAUCAAAAGACUCUCAACCCAUUAAUAGUGCUUUAAUACCUCUUGAAGAGCGUGAAAAGAUCACCAUGCAAUUUAAAGCCACGGCUAAUCUUGGUGAGAAAAGCAUUAUGGAGCCUAUAGUUGUCUUCUCUCGUAAAGAACAGUCUGGCAUGAGUGGCAGUGAUCCUGAUGACAAAAAAAGGAGGAAGCUGUCACACGAUUUGGGGAUCAUAAACAUCAAAGAGAAGGAUAAAAAAAAAGAUAAAAUGGAGAGCACCAAGUUUAAAAAAGUAAUUCUAAAACGUAUAAUGGAGGAAUUCAAGGAAACCACGAGACCAGCAGAAAGUUCAUUCCUUCAUAAGAAAAAAACACUAAGAUUCAAUGAAAUAACCCCGAAAAUGAACUGUAGCAAAACCCAGCACGUUCCAGAUUUACCUUUUACUGUCACGGAUUCUAAAGUGCAUAUGCAGGCUUCCAAAAAAGAUACUCUUGAAAAGGAGAAGCGUCUUUCUUUAGAACUUUCCAGCAAAAAUGGUAAAGAAGUCAAAUGCACACUCUCAUAUCACCUGGCAAAGCUGCCCAAAUGUUGGAAGUAUAAAAAUGAAGAACCAACACCUACUGAUUCAGAGACGGAUAUUUGUAAUUCAAGGAUUCGAGGAAAUAAAUUUGAACCAGUCACGUUUCAUUCAAGUUGGAGUUCCAAAUCCUCAUGUUCUUCCCUUGAAAACAUCGAAAAUACAGAUGUGGACCAAGAGAUGCAGAUUGUAGAAGACUUGCAUGCAGCUCGUAUUGAGAAGAAGAUGGAUCUGCCUGUCGUGCAGGCGUGUGGAGAGUUAACUUGCAUGGAAAUAGAUCUUGCAGACGAUGAAUCACAUAUAUCCUCUAAUAUUUUCUCUGGGUUGAAUACUUUGAUUGUGAUUGAUACUAAUAUAAUGAUCAGCCAUUUGACAUUCAUCAAAUCUUUGAAGAAUGCAAAUAUCCCAGGCAUAGGCAGAUUUUUGCUAUUAAUUCCCUGGGUAGUUCUGCAAGAAUUGGACAACUUAAAGCGGGGGAAGAUAUUGGCAAACGUUAGUCAAAAAGCAAUCCCUGCAGUUCACUUCAUCUAUACUUGCCUGAAAAAUCAAGAUCCAAAAUUGUGGGGUCAAUCCAUGCAGCUUGCUUCUCAAAAAACACAAAGUUUCAGUACUGAGAACAAUGAUGAUCGUGUGUUACAAUGCUGCCUUCAGUAUCAGAAUCUCUGUCCUCAAGCUGAAGUAAUCUUGCUGACGGAUGAUAAAAAUUUGUGCAACAAAGCCCUAGUGAGUGAAAUAAAGGCAUAUAGUAAAGCAGAUUUGGUUGUUGCAUUCCAGGAAAUGACUCCAAAGGGCACAAUUAUUAGUGAAGAUACUGCCAAUAACAAGUGGGGAAAAGAUAAAUACCCCAAGAAGACUGAAAAGAGUUCUAAUCAUCUUUCAGAAAUUAUUUUUGAUGUGGAAAAAAGCUUGGGAGAUGUUUUAUCUUCUAUUUUAGAAACUGAAUUGAAGAUUGCUUUUGGAGAUCUUUGGAUUGAGGUAGUAUAUCAUAAACCCCCUUGGACAUUAGCAAAUGUGUUGGAGUGUUACAAAAAACACUGGAUGGCUGUUUUUGGACAAUUUAUAUCAAGAAGCCUUUUUUCAACUAUUGAAUAUCUCUAUCUACAUCUUUGUAAAGGUAAAAUAAUUGGAUAUUCAACAUUGAGGAAUGUCCUCCGGGAGUCAAAAAUGUUAUUGGAAAUGUUCAGUUCAAGAUCCACCUAUGAUGGUUUUCUUUCACGGGCUUUAGCUCAAGUGAAUAAAUUACUCAAGACGGUUGAAGAGAUGGAGUCAAGUAUAGGAGAAAAUUCUAAAGAUACCUUGAAAUCUAAUUUGGGAAAUGAUACAUGUGAAAAAAUGGAAGAUGUGAUUUUGUCAGAACACACUCAGACAGGAGAUAAGUCUCCAUUAACAGAGCCUUCAGCACAAGAAAAUAGACAUAAGGAAAUUUGGUCCGUCCUUGAAAAUGUAUGGAACAGAAUCAAUGUGUUCAGUUUUGAAAUUUUCCAAAAAGUAGACCUUAAUGCAAUAUCCCAAACUUCGAAUAUGUCUUCAUUUCAAGAAGCUUUUAUGGGACUGCAGAAAUUAAUGGGCACAGUGAAUGAAAUUCUUGCUGGAAUUCAGCAAGUCUUAGUGCCAAAUAGUAGCUUUCAAGAUGUUUGGGCCUUGUAUAGAUUCUUAACUAAUAAUGAGGUGAAUAAUAGUACAAAAUUUACUGCUGAGGAACUUUAUGACUGUAUUUCCCAAGAAAUAUAUAGAACACGGUUAUCAGUUGGAUAUGGCCAGCUAAUUCAACUGGAACAUAUUGUUAGACAGCGCUAUCAAUCAGUCCUUUUAGAAAUCAAGAACAGAGGAUGGCUCUAACUCCUUCAAUUAACUGAAACACUUGAAAGACUGGUUUUCUUUUCACCUAGCAAAAUAAACCUAUGAUCCAGCUCCCUAAAAGGUUUAAACUUCUGUAAUUUAUUGGUCUUUUUUGCUGUUUUUAGCAACUUUGUUUGAUGAUCACACUUAAAGAAACAUUAAUCCAUGGUUUGGCCUUAUUUGUAUAUAUGUAUAUGUGUUUGUGUUUCUACUUCCUGGAAGACGACAGAGUUAGAACUGGUGAAGGGAUUUCUAAAUCUCCCUGAAAUAUUAGCUUUUACUCCUCAUGUAAAUCACCACUUUACAGGUGAGAUAUUUUUUAAAUCUGUAUAUUAUCCAUUCCGAGAGCAAUAUUCUCAUGGCAAUGACAUAGCUCUACCCCUCUCCUUACCUAGCAUAUCAUAACUUGGAGUUGAGUUGUGCAGACAUUUUGAUCAUGAAGCUUACAUAUGAAGUUAUGUAUAUUUUAUUAGCCCAUUCCCUGCUCUUUUUACAGUAAAAAUCUCUUAAAUCUGUUUGCUAUUUUUUGAUGAAUUCUGUUGUUACUUUUUCACUGGUAUCAUUUGUCAUGUUUUAGUGGAAGGAGAUUCCAUACUACUCAAUACAUAAUACCCAUCUGCCUGCUUCUCUUGGCCUACUGAAUUUGUAGCUGUCAUAACUACGGUUUCUUGAAAUCCCCUCUUCCUUCCACCUCAAUCACCAAGAGCUCACUCAAAAACUGCAGAAGUUAGACAUCAAAUGUUAUGGCUAUGGGAACUAUGCAAGCAUAUAGCACUGGUCAAGAGACAGGGAGAAGGAAAACAGGUGAUCUCAAGGGAUGCUCAUGGCAAGCUGCGGCUUGCAUUCCUCUCCUGCUGUCCAUUGUAAAGUUCUUACAUUGGGACAAAAUGGAAUUCUUGUGGCCAAUUUAUCGUCAUCUACUCAGCACUACUAAUUAUCCAAAUAAUUGUUGUGCAUUUGUGUGGAAAGAUGUCCAUAUGCCUAGGAAUCAUGAAUGAAUGUGCAAAAGAUUCUGUUCCAUCACCCAGAAUAAAACACGAUUAUAUAAUUGCAAGCAUUUUUGCUACUUUUACAAGAGAAAAGUUUCUACCUGACCGGAAACCAACUUUGUAUGCUAGCAAUGGAGGGAAGGUUUCAAGGUAGUAGAGGGGGGAAAGUGUUUAAUCUGUGCAUGUCUCUUUUUACGGUAAAAAUGUCUUAAAUCUGUUUGCUAUUUUUUGAUGAAUUCUGUUGUUAUUUUUUCACUGGUAUCAUUUGUCAUGUUUUAAUGGAAGGAGAUUCCAUACUACUAUAUAUUCAUUUCAAACAUUUUAAUUUCAAAUUUAGAUUAAAAAAUGUUGCCUCCUGUCUGUUGGCCUGAUAUCCUCUGCACAUGAGGACAUUGCAAGGAAGACGUACAUUUGAUUGUUUUAAGUUCUAAGUAUGCAAAUAAGUUACAGCUACCCCUUUGAUUUCUGUAGAGCUAAGUAUUGUCGUUCUAUAAAUGUUUAAUUACAGUUGGAUUCCUGUGCUGAUAUUUCAGGGCAUCUACUACAUCAGGGAUGUCAAAACUCACGGCAUCAUGGCAUCGUCAUGUGACGUAGCAGGACUUUUUCCCCCCUUUGCUAAACUGGGAAUGGCCAGCGCAUGACCUACCUGGCAGGUGGGCCUCUAGUUUGACAGCCCCGCACUACAUGUAACUUGGAAUAGAAAUCAAUAAUGUUUCAUUGGAGAAUCAACCAUGGGUAAAUGGAAGUAAAUAAAGACUUAAGGCUUAUUUACAGUAAUUUAAUAUAGUUUAUAAUAUCUGGAAUUAGGUCAGAAUAGUCAGGAGGAACAGAAACUGGGGAACCAAUUCCAUUUGGUGAGGAAACCUUAAAUAUUGUUUUUGAAAGCAAGUCCCAAUUUUCUUAAUACACUAAAUUACAUAGAUAGAA